AUGGCGGCCAAGUACGGCCUAAUGCUACAUCAGAUGGACGUCAAGACAGCGUUUCUUAACGGCUCCCUCAACGAAGACAUCUACAUGGACCAGCCGGACGGAUACCUGGAUGCAACACAGCCGGACGGAUACCUGGAUGCAACACAGCCGGACUAUGUGUGCAAGCUAAAGAGAUCACUCUACGGCUUGAAGCAAUCGCCUCGCAUGUGGAACCAAACAAUCGAUGGGUUCAUGAUCAAGAUGGGAUUCAAGAAGUGCGAAUCGGACCACUGCAUCUACAUCAAGCGAGACGACCAAGACAUGAUUCUCGUGGUGCUCUACGUCGAUGAUCUCAUCCUGGCCAGCAGCAACAACGAACUCCUCAAGUCAACCAAGAUGGCGCUGAGCAAACGCUUCGAAAUGACGGAUCUCGGUGAGCUCGAUUACUUUCUCGGCAUGGAGAUCAAGAACGACCGUAAGACGGGAAUGGUGACUGUACAACAAACCAAGUUUCUCAAGUCCGUGUUAACCAAGUUCGGAAUGGAUAACAGCAAGCCAGUGAAGACGCCUCAAGAUCCCGGCCUGAAGCUAACCAAGAACAUGUGUGAACAAGAAUGCAAGCACGAAGACACCAUGUGCAACGUGCCAUAUCGAAGUGCUGUCGGAGGCAUCAUGUAUCUCAUGGUCGCCACACGUCCGGAUCUAGCUGCUGCAGUGGGAUCAUUAUCCCAGUUCUCGUCCGACCCAUGCCCGACUCACUGGCAAGCUUUGAAGCGUGUGCUGAGAUACCUGCAAGCAACGCCCAAUCAUGGUCUUGAGUUUACACGUGAAGAAGGAAGCCGUAUCUGCGGGUACACCGACGCAGACUGGGCCGGUGACAUUGAGUCAAGACGAAGUACAAGCGGCUAUGUGUUCAUGAUGAGCGGAGGAUGCAUCAGCUGGAAAAGCCAGAAACAACGGACGGUCGCGCUAUCUUCAACAGAAGCAGAAUACAUGGCGCUUUCCGAAGCAACCAAAGAAGCAGUAUGGCUCAAAGUGCUUUUGGGGAACUUGGUGAGAUGA